AUAACUGUGACGACCAGCUGUCAGAUUGGCCCUUCUGUUCUGGACGUGGUGAAGAUUGAUCGUUUGCCAUUACUCUUUCACCAAUUUGAAAAGGGACGGAAAAUAAAUAAAUAAACCGCUAUCUCGCCAAACAAUCAUCCGCCAGAGACAUGCCGGAACAGAGCAACGAUUAUCGGGUGGUGGUGUUCGGUGCCGGCGGAGUUGGCAAAUCAUCGCUCGUACUCCGCUUCGUUAAGGGCACCUUCCGCGAAUCUUACAUCCCUACUGUCGAAGACACAUACCGUCAAGUGAUAACAUGCAACAAGAAUUCCAUUUGCACCCUUCAGAUCACAGACACAACGGGCUCUCAUCAAUUUCCGGCCAUGCAGCGGCUCAACAUUUCCAAAGGGCACGCCUUCAUCAUGGUUUAUUCCAUCACAUCAAGGCAGUCCCUGGAGGAGCUCAAACCCACCUGGGAAAUCAUCCGUGAAAUCAAAGGCUCGUUAGACAACGUACCUCUAAUGUUAGUUGGCAACAAAUGCGAUGAAACGGAAGCACGCGAACUGACGGCCAAGGAAGGUGAGGAACAGGCGCGACGGUGGUCAUCGCAUUUCAUGGAAACAUCAGCCAAGACCAAUUACAAUGUUAAAGAACUCUUCCAGGAGCUGUUGAGUCUGGAUAAGAAUAGAGCCAUGUCACUUCAGCCGGAUUCUAAGAACAAGGCCAGUCGUUCCGCGUCAGCUCCUCCGGGAACAUCUGGCGCAGGACCUUCGUCGGAGAAACUCAAGGACAAAUGUCGUCUAAUGUGAAUUCGCUUAAUUAUAUAAAUAUACAUAAGCUGGCUAUGUACAUCGAAGUAGUUUGGAUAGAUAACCCCAGCAUCUAUAUUAGCUAUAUCUAUAUAUAUAAUAUAUAUAUAUCUACUAUAAAGAAAAAUGUACAUGCACCGCUUCAAAAGCUAUUUAUCUUUGUGUACACUGACGAAGCCAUUUAAGUGUUUCAUGUCAUCAUCGACACUAAAUUUUUGUUCAUUUUUCUUUGUAAACAAGAAAGCUACAAAUUAUGUAGAUACCUUACUACCAUGUAACACAAUUAACUCUGGGCGCGUCAGUAGCGUAGUUCAAACAUAUAUUAUACCAUAUAUUUUUGUUUUACUCCGCUGAUUUUAUAUAAAGAUAUCUAAAUAGACAAUUAUUAUUUUAUUGAUAUAUAGGCGAUAAUAAAUGUCUAUUUGUACAUAGAAUUUUUCAAAAAACCAACAAACAUAAUGUUUCUUUUUUAACUGACUUCGCCAACCGCCGUUCAUAUUGUGCUAAUGUAAUCGGCUUGAUUUUCGAAUAUCAUUUAAUUUCUAUAUUUAGGCUACAUUUGAAUAGGUAAUACUAAUAUAAGCCAUAUAAAUCACAGGAGAUAUCGACAUUUGGAACACAUGUAUAGAGACUGCUAUAUUAGGCUGGUUAAAACAAAAGAAGAGGCUCAGUGUUUCCUUCAUUGUUCAAAUACUGUACAAGUAAAUUGGCUUUUUCACUUUGCAUUCCUCGUGUUAAUGUAUAGGAUUGAAAUUAAAACUUUUUAUUGUGAUGUGAAACACACCCGAAACGGAUGUAAUUGUAAUCAAUAUAUCCGGGCUCUAAUGAAACGAUUCCAACGCACUUAUUAAUCAAUGCUGCUGUGCGGUUAUAUGUAUAAUUUAAAUCGUGAAAAUCAUUUGUUUACUUCGACUUCCUUAUUUAAAAAAAAACAAACAAAACAAACAAAAAUACUCCCGCAAAGGAAUUCACAAAAGGGUGCAGACAAAAGAAAACGACAUUAUACAUAUAUAUACCUGGUGAAGUGUGUGUCUCUUCAUGUAAUUGUACAUCCAUUUAAAAUUCUCACUCUUUUCAUUAAAUAUUGUUCGUGUUUCUUUCCCUAAAUACGUGCAUGAAUAUGUAUUUAAGCGUCACCAAUUAUUCUUCACCGUUUUUUUUUAUUCAUUUUCAUUGAAUUCUUUAAUUCUUGUCUUAUCUUCCUCUCCUCAAUUUUUCAUGAUAAACUCUAAAUAUAUAUCAAAUACGGAUUCGAAACGAAUAUUCAAUUACCUUUUCAUCUUUAUAUCACUAUAACGCAAAAUCACAUAUACAAAUGUACCACCUGUAUAAGCUUUCUAAUAUAUUAGUAAUUAACUUUA